AUGGCUGAAUCAAAAUUAAUCGAUUUACCGAAUGAAAUAUUUCUAGAAAUUUUUGAAUAUUUUGAUGUUAGUCAUGUAUUCUAUUCACUGUAUGGAUUAAUUGUUCGACUGGACACACUUGUCAAGCAGUGCCAUCCUUAUCAUUUAAAUCUGGAUACAGCCGAAAAGUUUAACUGUGUACCUGAAUACUUACAACCAGAACGAAUUCGUUCACUAACAAUAUCAAGUAGUGAUCAAAUGCUUUUAUUUAAUAAACUAUUUUCAAUGGUAAAAGUUGUCGAAAAUUGUCAAGCCUUGAUCGUACAUGACAUUCAACCACUCGAUUUUAUUGAUUUAGUGCCUCAGUUAUCUAACUUUAAGAAUUUAUCAUCACUAUCAGUCAUCAGAAAAAUGCCUAUAAGUUAUAAACACAUUUACAGCAUCUUAUUUAGAAUGAUCAUAUGUAAUCAGAUACCAGCACUAAAAUACCUCAAACUAAUAGUACCAAAUCGGAUAUUGUUUAUUCCAGGACCCGAACUAAUAAUCCCUUCAAAUAAUCUGGAACAUUUAGUAUUGAACUAUUGUACGAUCAAAGAUGUAUUUGAUCUACUUCAUUAUAUGUGCAACUUAAACAGCUUAAAUAUUCAUUCAUUACAUGAGGGAAGCAUAUGCCAUUUAGCAAGAAAAGCAACAAUAAUAGAUUUGAAAAUUAAAACUAAGUCAGAUGUAACAUUUAAGUAUCUGACCGUAUUAUUAAUUGAAAUGCCUCAGUUGAAAACAUUCUCAUUGAAAGCUUUUGGCGAAGAUUUUGCUGACGGACACAAAUGGAAACGGUUGAUCGAAAGCCACUUUCCAUUUUUAACUAAAUUUCGAUUUAUAAUUGGAAUUAAUAUUGUUAACCUUGACGCUAUUAAUCAAAUAUUAUCGACAUUCCAAACCGAUUUUUGGUCAAAAACAAAGAAAUGGUUUGUGAAAUAUGAUUAUCGAAACGUGGGAGAUCGAGAUCGGGGUCGUCGUCGAGGUGGAGAUGAAGGUGAAGGUCGACGUGUAUUUACAAGAAUUUACACAAUACCUUAA